AUGCUUAGGCGUCUGACGAGCCGUAGCGGAUUGCAGAAAAAGUUCAACCCAGUAGCCGCCGAGUACGGGAAGAGAAGUACAGCCGUUAUCUCAACUGCUGAGAGUGUUCACUGGAAGAAUGUUCUGCCGCUGCGACGCCAGCAUGGGGCUCAGCGAGCUACAAGAGAUCCUUCGACCCUCCGCAUGCUCAUGAGUGCGUCUUCACAGCGUGCGGUAUACAACAAACAUCGAAACAAGCCCAUUUCUCAGAGCAAUAGAGCACAGCCAACAGCGAAGGAAGAGAAGGAGGGGUGCAGCACGAAAGACAAUGUCGCCGCUGCUGACGACCAGGCGGGGUUUUGCGGUGUGUCCGACGUUACCUUGCUGCCAGAGACAGGUAAAGCUGCUACGGAGUUCCUCCUGACACGUGAGCAAGCCACCGUGUGCGACUUGGCGUGCGAAGGUGCAUCGCUGUUCAUUGGAGGCGAGGCGGGGACCGGCAAGUCUUACCUAGUGCGUGCCAUUGCAGAGAGGCUGGAGGCCCAGGGGCUGCGCAUCGCCAUCACCGCCUCUACCGGUAUUGCUGCGUUGAGCAUUGGUGGCAACACCUUCCACAGCACUUUCGGCGUGCCUCUACACAGUCCAGACAACAUGAUAAACCUGUCGAGGAGGCCCCCACCCACAGAUCCCAUCUUCGACAUUGACGACGCUUCCAAGGAGGGGGGCGAUGAUGAUGGAGCCAUCGAGGAGGAUGUGGCCCAAGUGGAUUUCGCGACAGGACCUUCGGUUGGCAAACUAGGAAACCCGCGUCGACUUCAAUUCAGAAACACCAGGGUGCUCGCGGAGGUGGAUGUAGUGAUCAUCGAUGAAAUUUCCAUGCUGCAUGCGGGGGUACUCGAGUCCUUUGAGCGUGCAGUACGUCGCAUGGCAGGACGUGACUCCAGUCGACCCUUUGGUGGGCUGCAGAUGAUUCUCUCUGGUGACUUUCUUCAGCUCACGCCGUUUGGCUCCGUCGAUGCUCCUCUUGGCAGGCGGCGGCGCUACCGUAUACUUGACGAGAAAAACAAGUGCAUGGAAGACGAGAGCAGUAUCGUGUGCCAAUGCGUCAGUCCCGAUGUCCUCGAUGCGCAGGCGACCGUAGACAAGGCCGCAACCACCGCUGAGCUGGCAGUGAAAUCACGCGAUACCUCCGUCUCCUCCACCUUGACUGAGGUAGAGAGCGCGUUAGCUGUGAAACAAGACAAGAGGAAACGAGCGUCCAGUGUGUCUGAUUCUACCAUCACCCAACAUCGUUACCGCGACCUGUGGUACUAUGACAAGCCCAUGUUCGAGAGCUGGUGCUUCGUCCACCAUCUCCUCCACGUGCAGCUUAGAGAACAGCGGCGUCAGCAGGAUCAGGUGUUUUCCUCUGAUUUGAAUCGUUUGCGGCAGGGCAGCUUCCCUUAUCGACUGUCGCGCUCUGCUUUUCUGAACGCGCCGGCCGAGGAUGCUGUGCGCCUGUUACCAACCAAGAGGGCGGUCAAGAACUACAAUGACAGCAAGAUGCUGGAGCUGGAGGGCGACGAGCAGCUUUUUCACACGAAGCUUACCAUGACAGAGGCGAUGUGCGCUUCUUCCGUGGGUACCGUGCAGGAACAGAAGAGGGGAGAUGCCCACAGUGGCGGCAACUGCGAAGCUGUGCUGCUCGUGCACUAUCGUCUCUGUUCCCCUACCGAAAAAGGGAAAGCUGCGCUCAAACGUCGAGGGCGACUACGGGAUGCAGAGGCGACUGCUGUUGCUCGUAACCUGGAGGAUGUUUGUCGUUUUCCUCGCAACUGUCUCCAAGUCUAUGGGCUGCCCGCACCGCUCUCGUACUCAGCAUCAUUGUCGGCCGUGUGCGUUCGCUGCAGUGGUGCAACUUACCGCAUUGCAGAGAGUCGACGAUUCGCAGUGAAGAGGCUGCUGGAGAUGUGGUCUGGUGUCCCUGGCACUGGAUCGAGCGAGGCUACGUCAGGAAACGCCAAAGACACGAAGGAGAACACACCAUCAAUCACUCUUCUGCAGUCUCGGAGCGCUUUGUUUCCGCGAGAGCUAGUGCGUGUGGAAGCCGUGGAAGCACGGCAACUGAUGCGUCGGCUGCAACCGCUCAUACAGGAGCACUUGCGCAAUGCGAUCCGAAAAGACACUGUGCUUCAGGACAAGCGGCUCAAGGUGGGGUGCCGUGUGAUGCUGCUGCGCAACUUGACACAGCAGUACGUCAACGGCUCUCUUGGCAGGGUCGUUGGGUUUCGACCGCUCUCGGCGUGCACGGAUCUCUUGCCAGGGGAGAUGAAGGCGCGUGCGACUCCCAUGCACCUGCUCGCUCAUUUCGCUACAUGUUGCCCAGAGAGCGGACACGGUGCCGUUGCGAACGCCGUGCAGGUUCCUGUGGUGCGGAUGGACGCAGGGGGAGACGAUAUUGCAAUUCCUUGGAUUACCCUGCCAGUUUCGGUCGCGAAGCAAGACUGGUGCUUCACCCUACGUGCUACCUGCAUCCCGCUGACACCGGCGUACGCCUUCACAGUGCACAAAAUUCAAGGAGUUACGCUGCACCAUCCGGUGCUUUUUGACGCGGAAGGAAUGUUUCCCUGCGACCACCUCGUGUACGUGGCUGCGAGCCGCGUGCGCAAGUUCGAGCAGUUGCGCAUGGUGAAUCUCUCGCCACGGAUGAUAUCGGUGCACAAACCCUCGCUGCUCUUCACCCAAAGGAUCCCAAGCGUCGAGGCCUCAGUCAAAAGGUGGGCUCUGUGGAAGUCGAAGCCGCGCUCCGAGAAGUUUUUCUACUUUCCUUCUCACCUUACCCGAGAGUCAACUGAGUAG